AUGACCAGAAAACGUACAAUUGAUCUCACUGGUGCGGAUGGCCUAGACAAUGAGAAGCGAAUACGGCUUUUAGGAAUCAUUGAUCGACUUCGGGAGCUUGGCAUCAGUGAGAAUGUGUCUUUGCCACAGCUUGUUGUGGUUGGUGAUCAAUCGAGUGGCAAGUCAUCCCUUUUACUAUUUGCAACUCAAAUCGUUCUGCGUAGAGCACCAGAAGGAGAGGGUCAGGCACGAAUUACAAUCAUUCCAGGACCUUCUUCUCGACUCGAUGAAACCUUAAACCAAAAUCUUCUAGCCUUCGAAAAAAUACUGGCCGCUGCAGAUUUCGGAUGCCAGGAAUUCGAAGAGGUCUUUGACGAGGCUGCUAGAUGUAUGGGGAUACCAGGUCCAAAUACGAAGAACCUGGAAGAUGUCGAGAAAAGAUUCUCAGAUGAUAUACUCAAGAUCGAGCUCUCGGGUCCAGAUCAUCGGCAUCUUAGUGUUGUGGACGUCCCUGGCCUCUUCCACAAUCCCACAAAGUUUCAAACCGAAGAAGACCGUGCCAUUAUCAGAAAAUUGAUUGAGGAUUAUAUGACUGAUAAGCGCACCAUUAUUCUCGCUGUUAUGGAUGCACGCAAUAACCUUGCGAAUCAGGAAGUGUUCUCCAUGGCCCGGGCUGCUGAUCCGGCGGGAAAAAGAACUGUUGGAAUAGUCACAAAAUGUGAUGCUCUCCAGGCAGGAGAUGAAGCUGGUAUUUUACGUAUCGCCAAAAAUGAAGUAGAGCAUCUCACACAUGGAUGGUUCGCUGUACGAAAUCGUUCCACUCAGGAAAUCAAAGAGGGUGUUUCUAUCGAGGGCCGACAUCAAAGGGAGAAAGCUUUCUUUUCGACGGUUCAGCCAUGGACCGGGCUCAGGAAAGACCGAGUCGGUAUCAAGGCAUUGAAGUCCUUUCUAGGCCACCUUUUAUACGAUCACAUCCGCUCUGAAUUCCCCGCAGUUGUGGCUGAUAUCGAAAAGCUGUCUCUGGAGACUCAAAAGGAACUGGAGAUUCUGGGACCUUCCCGUCAAACCCCUGCUGAGCAGAGGCGAUUCUUGACACGACUCUCAACCACCUAUCAGAAUGAAGUUGAUAAAGCAUUGAAUGGCAAAUAUAAUGCUGAAUUGGAGGCACAAAGCCCGCUUAAACUUCGGAUGCACUUGCGGCAGCAUGCAGAUGAUUUUGCUAGGUCAAUGGCUAGAGAGGGCCAUGCCAAAGUCUUUCGUACGAUUCAAGAUGAGAAUGAUCCUGAAUUCAGCAGACCAGCAGGUGAUUCUGAGAACAUAUAUGACUGGAUACGUCGCUACUAUCUUGAAUCUCGCGGUUCCGAACUACCUGGUACCGUGAAUCCGAUUGUGCUUCAGAACAUGUUUCGCCGACAAUCCAGCCCAUGGGAGAAGAUUGCGAUGAAAUAUCUUAAGAAAAUAGCUUCUGCGGUGGAGUCUUUCAACAAAGAUGUAUUCGCUAAAAUCAUCCCAGACGAGAAUGUUCGAGAAAAAGUGGAAGCGUUUAUAUCUCGUCCGGGAGAGGAGACAUACGACCAGGCCCACGAACAGCUGUUGACAAUAGUGAAUGACGAACGAGGAGGAAUCCUGCAGACUGUGAAUCACUACUUUGCCGACACUCUAUCCUCAAUUCGCCAGGAAAGAGUUAUUGCUCGACUUGAGGGCCUCGGGCUUGAAGAUGGCUACGCUUUCGACAUGAAGACGGUAUUGAAAGGGGUUCACCUGAGCAAUGAAGAUCAGUCAGUCUUCGACAUACAUGAUAUAUUGAAAGCCUACUAUAAGGUGGCUAUGAAGCGCUUUAUGGACAACGUCAUCAUUCAGGUUUCAGAAAGGUACAUGUUAGGUGAAAGCGGCCCAGUGAGAACAUUUUCACCGGACCUCAUUGGUGGUCUCGAGGAUGACAUGCUGACGGAUAUUGCGGGUGAGAAUUUCUCCACAGCAAGCCGUCGAAAUGACUUGAUUUCCAAAGCUGCGCGGUUCCGAGAGGCAUUGGACAUUGCGAAACGCGCUGUGUUAUGA